AUGGCCUGGGAGCCAGGGGCGCGGGCCCGCCGCCGCCCUAAGUUGAGGAGCCCCGGCCGCGGGGCGCGUAGAGGCGGCGGCCGCCCGUUCGCCGGUCCUCGGCGUGGCCCGUCCGUCACCAGCCGUGCGGGGCCCGCCUCAGCAGCCGGGACGGUGCCGCGGAUUCCCAGGCGCCACCGCUGCCGCCAUCUUGGGACGCCGGCCGGGUCACCUGACCUCCCCGCCCACCUCGGCAGCCACCUUCGCCGCGAGGGCGGGGCCGGCUGGCGCCGCGAGGCUCGAGGCGGGGCCGCCGGCGAGGGGCGGGGCCCGAAGCCAGAUACCCCCGCCCCUCUCCCUCUGGCCCCGCCCCUCGCACGCCGGCCCCUCCUCCAGGCCCAUUCCAAGAUGGCGGGGAUCCCCCUGUACUUUGUGGACUUGCAGGAUGACUUAGACGAUUAUGGAUUUGAGGACUGCGGUCCCUCAUGCGACGGCAUGAGGGUGACAGCCUUCUUGGACGUUCUGGACCAGGACAACCUGCCUGCACUUGCUCGCCUGGAGAAGUACACUUUCAGCGGCAACAUCUUCAGCCGUCAGAUUAUUGCCAGAGGGCUGCUUGAUCUCUUCCGGGACUUCAGUAACAAUGAAGAAGACUUCAUAACGGUAGUGGAGAUCAUGGUCAGAUUGUCAGAAGAUGCAGAGCCCACAGUGCGGGCUGAGCUGCUGGAACAAAUUCCUCCUGUUGCCAUUUUUCUCCAAGAAAACAGAUCCGAUUUUCCAGUGGUGCUGUCUGAACGUCUCGUACCCAUCGUGGUGCGCUGCCUCACAGAUCCAGACAACCAGGUUAGAAAAUCAAGUCAGGAGGUGCUGUUGAUUCUUCUGGAACAAGAUCUAAUUUUCCAGCACGAUAUUGAAAGCAAAGUGUGUCCAGUCCUGCUGGCGCUCCCUGCCCCUGACAGUGAUGAUGAGUACAGAGCAGAAGCCGUGAGCAUAAUCUGCAAGCUGGCAUCGGUGCUGAGCAAGAGCACAGUUGAACGCCUGCUGCUGCCUCAGUUCUGCGAGCUGUGUGGUGAUGGGAAGCUCGCUCAAGUUCGGAAGGUAUACGCCACAAAUUUUGGUGAUAUUUGUCAUGCUGUUGGACAAGAAGCCACUGAGAAAUUUUUGCUCCCGAAGUUUUUUGAGCUCUGCUCGGACGAUGCGUGGGGGAUGAGGAAAGCCUGUGCGGAGUGCUUCAUGGCCGUGUCCCACAACACAUCCCCCGAGGGCCACCGGGCCAGGCUCUCGCGGCUCUUAAUCACACCGAUCAGCGACCCCUGUCGAUGGGUGCGCCAGGCUGCCUUCGAGUCCCUGGGCCCCUUCAUCUUCACCUUUGCCAACCCCUCCAGGGCUGGCCUUUAUAUUCGAGAAGAUGGCACCCUGAGCAUCCGACCACCGGCUCCGGAUUUGGACUCGGAUUUCACCUCCGGGUCACCGGGUGCAGGCAGCCAUGGUAACAUGUCCUCAGCCUGUUCCACAAAGCCGGGCCAGGCAGAGCCAGCUCUACCCAUGGAAGGCACGUCCACGGACACCAGCAAUUUCCCGUGCGUCGGUAGCUCCUCCAGUGGCCUGAUGGAGAACCCAACGGAAGACUCUGUCUUGGCUGGAGCCGAGGUGACCAGGCUUUCCCCCGAGGCCACGAAGCUCCCCAGUGUUAACGACCUCCCCGUCAACAGCCAUCCUGGACCAGACUCCUGGGCCCGCCCAGGGAGUCCUGAGGACGUUUUCAAUAAUUUCCUUUAUUGGCGAACUCCUCUCCCUGACAUAAGCAAGGACUUAGAGCUGCUCCUGAGCGAGGCUGGCCCGCAGGAGGAAGGUGGCGGCACACCUGAGGCUGUGCAUAGGAGCUGUGUGGCUAGGAGCGAGAUUCAGAGAGUCCUGGAUGGUUUGCAGGAGCAUAUGAUGAACGAUCCAGAUGUGCAAGCUCAAGUUCAGGUAUUGUCAGCUGCACUGAGAGCCGCACAGCUUGACUCUGUGGAUGAGCCCGAGCGCCCGCCGACAGAAGGGCUCAAGGAGGUGUCCAUUUCAGAUCCCAGCCCAGCCUCUGGCAGUCAGCCGGCCCCGUCGGCUUCACCAGCACAGAAUGAGCUCGCCGUGGCCAGGAUGUUACAAAGCACGCAAGGGGAGGUGAAUUCAUGCGACUCCUAGAAUGUGAAGUUGACGGUGGCCUUUGAGAUUGCGCGUCGCCUCCAGCCCGUCCUGUGGGCCUCCUUCAACCCGUGCUUGCUCAGAAGUGG